UUGCUUUAGGGGUGGGGAAGAGCCUCUCGCCAGCUGCAACUGAGCACAGCACUCAGGCCAGCGCUGCCUCCUCAGCUGCUCGCAUCUGGACCCCCUGGCAGUUCAGGGAAUAAGGAUCCAGCUCAUCACCAGUCCCAGUUGGGAACUCUGCAGAGAAGUACAGUGCUGCUCACUGAGGCCUGAGAACCACCUGGAGUGCUUGUUAAAAUUACUGAUGCUUGGUGGCACACACCUGUAGUCCCAGCUAUUUGGGAGACUGAGAGCAGAAGCAUCACAAGUUCGAGGAUUCCACUGCAAUGUCUUUGUGGAUCAACUAUUUCUGGAUCAUCUUGGCUGUGGCCAUCAUUGUCGUCUCCUUGGUCCUAGGGCUCAUCCUAUACUUUAUCUGUCGGCGCCAGCUCAGACAAGGCAAGAAAUGGAAAAUUUCCAAGUCCAUGAAACAAAUCCAUGGAGAUGAAGAAGAGAAGAUGUAUGAGAAUGUUAUUAAUCAAUCACCAGAUCAGUUACCCCCUCUGCCACCCAGAGAUUUGCAUUUUCUAGGAGAUUCUUCCCUACAGGAAAUCCCAGCUCAGUCACCACCUAUGUAUUCAUCGGUGAAUAAAGUUAGAAACAAGAAGCUUGUUUCCAGCCUGGGCUACAUUGAGCCUGAAGAUGACUAUGAUGAUGUUGAAAUACCUGCAAAUACGGAAAGCCAUCAUUUUAAAACAACCAUGUCUUCUUUUUGACAAGAGGAAGAGGGUUCACACAGAUUAUUUUAAAAUGAUCAAGAAUGGUUGAACUUGAAUAGGUCCCUGGGUCCUGAAAGCCAGUUGUUAUUUAAUGAAGCUCUGUAAGAAAAGCACUUCCUGAACCUUAGAUGAAGCUGCCUCAGAGAUUGGAUAUAGUAGCCAGAGGAAAGACACGAUGCUUGGUCCUGAGAAUCAAGAGAGGUCAGCCUUUGUGCUUCUGUCGGGGAAGUAUUCAUGGGGUACACCACUGGGCUCCAAGCUCACACCUCUGACGAAUGUCUCUUUUCUCAACAUUCUCCUUUUGUUCUCUUGAUUUAUGCAGUUCUCAGUGAUUUUAUGUCUUGGUAUUUGAUGUACAGAGUUUCCCAGGCUCCAAUCCCCAGGUAGGCCCUCGCAAAGCAUGCAGGUAUUCCUUCCGCCCCACCCACCCUGCACUGAGAGGCUGUGGGUGGUUGUUACAGCCAAGCACCCUUGUUCAGAAGUCACCGCUUCACACUUUACAAAUUUUACAGUGCAGAAAGUGCACUGUAUUCUUGAGCAACCUCACCAUCUAUACACACCACACCCCAAGCCCCCAUGUCUUUAUAUGAUUUAGGGCACUGACCAUAGAGAAUCAAGUUCUUACCUAAGUUUUCUCCUGUGCUCACAGGUAGCCUUAGAACAAUCAACCAAAGACAGAAGCUAUCUUCUCAUUUACACCUAGAGGUGUCAUUUUGCAACAGGUGUGCUGAGGGUGCUACAGGAAAAGUAGGUCCUAGCAAGAAAAAUCAUGGGUCAGCAUCACUGAACAAUGGCAUAUUCAAGAUAAGAGUUCAGAGGACUUAACCCUCCCAUCCAUAAUUUACUUAUUUUUUUUUCUGGUACUGGAGAUUGAACCCAUGGAUGCUCUAUCACUGAGCAACAUUCCCAGCCCUUUUUGUUUAUUAUUAUUUAUUAUUAUUAUUAUUUUGAGAUAGGGUCUUGCCAAGUUGCCCAGGCUGGCCUUGACCUUGCAAUCCUACUGCCUCAGCCUCCUGAGUAUCUGGAAUUAUGGAAAUGCGCAACCACGCCUGACCUACCUGUAACUUUCAUAAUUGCUCCUUCUCUUCCAUGCUGGUCUUCCUCAGGGUUCUUUCCCCAUUCCUGCUCUCAUCUCCCUCUAAAUACUUAUGAAUGGUCUCACCGUUGUCCAUGAGCUUCGUGUCCUCCAUUAUGAUGACUUCCAAAUUGCAGAUUCCGGCUGAGCGCUCUCUCUCUCUCUCUCUCUCUCUCUCCACCCUCGGCCUUCCCACCCUCCUUUUCUCUCUCUCCUGGGUUGCUUCCAGGACAUCUCAAUAUGAUUAUCCUGUAGAACCCUCAAGUUCAACAUAUGCCAAAAGAAACUGAUCACCUACUCCCAAGUCCAAACUAUUUGUGCUUUAUUAUCUUCUUAGUUGCUGGUGUCAAAAAUUAGCAUCCUUCUACUCUCUCUACCUUCUGUUUACAUCAUUUUCCACACCUUCUGUUGAUUGUGCCUCAGCCCACAGUGUCCAUCACCAUUCUGAGGUCAGGCCAUGGCCAGUGCUUGCCAAGAGAAUUUAGCAGCUUCCUACUGUUGUCCUGCCUCCGGCAUCUCCUCCUCCAGAUCACUCGCUAUAUGACAGCCAAUGAUUUUGUAAAGUGAACAUCUGACUGCUUCAUUCCCCUGCUUAAAUCUCCUCUUUGCCCAUUAACCUCAGGGAAAAAAAAAAAAAAAAAAAAACUCCUAACCUGGCUUGCAGGAUUUAUCAGGAUCUGGUUACUGGUUAUUUCCUGCCAACCCCUUUUCCCCCACCUCCUUGCUAUCUUCACUUUUCUCCAAUUUUUUGUUCUCACCUUUGCCAUGGCUUCUCUUGUCCUUGUGCCUGUGCACAGCACUGUUCCUGCUGUAUGGAAUCUCCUUCCCCACUUUCCAAUCCUACCUAUCUCAUCUGAAGUAUCCUUUUCUUAUCGCCCCAAAUUUGGGUCAGGUGCUCUCUUAGAUGCUUUCCUCUUGUAGCAUUAGUACACAUAAUGAUCUGUUCAUUUGUCUUUCUCUUCCAUUUGGCUGAAAAUAACAUGAGGAUAGGGUUUGUGUCUUUUUUCCUCCAUUGUUUUCCUGGUUCCUAGCACACUAUGGAUGCUCAAUAAAUAAAUCGGAUGACAAUUGAAUUGAG